CCUCGCUCCCCUGCCCCGAAGAAUUUGUGAGUCACUGCCCGGGGCAGGGCUAUAAAGGUGUCCUCACCGAGGGUCUGUAGCCGUCAGAGGGGACACCGUUGACUGCCACCAUGGAAGCUGCUGCCUGUUGCCUGCCUUCCCAAGGGCUCCGGGUGCCCGUGGCCAGUGCUUGCCCAGCCCCAGGGCUGGAGCAAGGGGGAAGAUCCCUGCCCCUCUGGAGACCGUGGCUGCCCCGAGCGGAGGAGGGAGCCGGGCAGCAGAGGGAGCAGAUGGAUGCUGCGUGGGCACGAGAGGCGACGGGGGACAGCGGCCCCGACAAAACGCUGACGUUUUUCCACCACCCCGUCAGGCUCCUCUGGCCCAAGUCCAAGUGCUUUGACUAUCUGUACAGCGUCGGGGAGAGGCUGCUGGAGAACUUCCCGGUGCAGGCCACCCUCUGCCUCUACGAAGACUCAGGCAGUGAGGAAGAAGAGGAGGAAGAGGAGGAGGAGGAAGAAGAAGAAGAGGAGGAGGAGGCAGGGGACAUGGCGGCAGGGCCAUGCAGGCCAGUGUGA